GGGACUGUUCGCGAUCUUGAACUUUGGAGGAAGAUGGCGUCAACCAGUGGAGGCGGAGAAGAUGAUUCUUCUCUUUCGCAGCCAGUGGUCGCCGUUACGACCUUCUGCAAUUAUCUAAAAGGCAUUGUGCCAUUUGUUUUGCAGCCAGAUUGUAAUUCUGGACCAUCUCCUGCUUUUUUGGAAGCUCUGGAGAAACAGUCUCAAUUGGAGUCAAUUCGAAAAUUUCUCUCUGAUCCUCAAGUCUCAUCUGUGCUGAUUGAGAGACACAGCAUUGCAAAAGAUGAAGCAGGCGACGAUCCCUCGGUGUCCGAGGCUGGUGGUGAUGGCGAUAAUGCUACCUACUCGAUCAGUGUCGGUGUGGAAUACUCGACAGCAAAGAAAACCGGCAUUGCUUUCAUCAAGAGAGGCGCGGUUGUUGAGGCUGAAAAGCCAAUUGCGUAUCAACUGCGUGUAAUGAACUUGAGCGAUGACUCUCCUUUCGAAACUCUGCACUCAUACGUUCGACAUGCCGUAACACCUUUGUUCAACAGCUUUGUCAAGCUGAAGAGCGACAGAGAGGGUGACAAAAUGGUGCCAAGUGUUGCCAAGCAGAUCAGCGAGCUGGAGGUUAGCCUUCUUCAUCUGCAACAGAACAUUGACAUCCCCGACGUCACACUUGUCAUCCACCCGUCCGUCCAAGCCGCAGUGAAAAAAGCCAACGAUGCUGGCCAAAAACCCAGCGUAGACGAGUUCAAGGGACUCGUCGAGGACUCCACUUUCCUCAAUGCACUGCAGAAAGGCGUCAACCGCUGGAUCCAGGAAAUUCAGAAGGUGACAAAGCUCGACCGAGACCCAGCCUCCGGCACAGCCCUGCAAGAGGUGGCUUUCUGGCUCAACCUAGAGAGAGCGCUGCAGCGUAUCCAGGAGAAGCGUGUUUCUCCCGAGGUGACCCUGACCCUGGACAUCUUGAAGCACGGCAAGCGUUUCCACGCCACCGUCAGUUUUGAUGCUGACACAGGUCUCCGUGCUGCCUUGCAGACUGUCAAUGAGUACAACCUGCUCAUGAAGGACUUUCCCAUCAAGGAUCUCCUGGCUGCCAACGACCUGCCGAGUAUUGCCAGCGCCCUGGUUGCCAUCUUUGCUCACUUGAGGAAAGUCAGGACCAUCAAGUAUCCAGUCCAGCGCACACUACGUCUUGUGGAGGCCAUCUCUCGAGAUCUGUUCAAUCAACUCCUCCAGGUGCUGAGUACACGUCGCCUGAUGCACAUCAGCUUUGAUGAGUUUGAGAAGGUAAUGGUGGCUUGUUUCGCAGUCUUCAACAACUGGGAUGAUGAGUACGACAAAUUGCAGACACUGCUUCGUGACAUUGUCAAACGCAAGCGUGACGAGAGUCUGAAGAUCAUCAUGCGCAUCAAUCCACAGCACAAGAAGCUGCAGUCAAGACUCGACCAGAUGCGCAAAUUCCGCCGCCAGCAUGAUCAGCUUCGUAACGUGAUUGUGAAAGUGCUGAGGCCCACGGCUUCUAAGUCCAGCAAUGAUGGUGAUGAUCGCACUGAAGCUGAGGCUGUAUUCGACACUGCUGAUGCCAAUGCCAUUGAGGAAGUCAAUCUGGCAUACGAGCACGUCAAGGAAGUCGACGGUCUGGACUUGGGCAAGCAGGGAACUGAUGCUUGGGAUGCUGCCCAGAAGAGGUAUGAUGAACGCAUUGACCGCGUUGAGGCUCGCAUCACUGCCCGCCUUCGCGACCAGCUGGGAACUGCGAAGAACGCCAACGAGAUGUUCCGCAUAUUCAGCAGAUUCAACGCAUUGUUUGUGCGUCCUCACAUUCGCGGUGCCAUCCGCGAGUACCAGACGCAGCUCAUCCAGCGCGUGAAGGACGACAUUGAGGCGUUGCACGACAAGUUCAAGGUGCAAUAUGUACAGAGCAUGGCUUGUAGAAUGAGCAAUGUGAGAGAUCUCCCACCGGUCUCUGGUUCAAUCAUCUGGGCUCGCCAGAUUGAGCGUCAGCUGAACGCCUACAUGCAGCGUGUGGAGGAUGUAUUGGGUGAGGGUUGGAAGGACUACGUUGAAGGGCAGCGACUGAAGACGGAGAGCGACAGCUUCCGCCAGAAGCUCAACACCCAGCAACUGUUCGAGGACUGGCAGCAGAAGACGAUAGCUCGUCCCCUGGGCGUGACCGGUCGUAUCUUUGCCAUCACCGGCCAACGUGGUCGUACCGGUGGUAGUGGCAACACACUCAAACUGUCCGUCAACUUUCUGCCUGACAUCAUCACCCUGUCAAAGGAGGUACGCAAUCUGAAGUGGCUCAACUUCCGCGUUCCACUCACCAUCGUGAACAAGGCUCACCAGGCCAAUCAACUUUAUCCGUUUGCCAUCUCUCUGAUCGAAAGUGUGCGCACAUACAGCCGCACUUGCGAGCGGGUUGAUGAGCGCCCAGCUGUUGCCAUGCUUGUGGCCAGACUGAAGAAGGGAGUUCAGGAUCUCAUCCAGGAGGGUGUUCAAUUGGGCUGGGAGUCGUACAAGCUUGACCCGUAUGUCCACCGCCUCUCCGAUCUCGUUGUCCAGUUCCAAGAAAAGGUGGAUGAGCUUCUCACUAUGGAGGAGUCCAUCGCCCAAGAGGUUCGCCAGCUGGAGGGCUGCCAGUUUGCAGCAGCUGUUUUCCGUGGAGUCCUGCAGCGCAUUCAGAAGGCAGUGGACGAAUUGAACUUGCAUUCGUACUCGAACUUGUCUCAGUGGGUGGCCACUCUUGACGAGCAGGUUGAGCAACAUCUUGCGACUCGCUGCGAGCUUGCGCUAGAAGCCUGGACAGCACACUUGAAGACCUUUGGCACAGCCAAGGCUGCUGCUUCUGCACUGGAGGAGAGCGAGGCACCCACCCAGCUUGCCGGCUAUAGGCCUGAAGUCAAGGGUGUGCGACAUGAGAUUCGCAUCACCAAUCAAGUCCUCUACCUCAACCCGCCCGUUGAGCACACGCGCAGCCAGCUGCUGCUGCAGCUGCAUCAGUGGCUGGGUAUUCUGACCAGUUUGCCGCGCAUCCAGAGCUCGCGCUACACAGUUGGAGUUGAGCGCGUGGACAGCAUGAGCACUACCUAUCGCAAUUUGCUCGCCAGGCUGCCCGCAGGAACAGCUCCGCUGCAUGGUGCUUACGAGGCCAUCGAAGCCAGGUGCCGUGAAGUGGAAGCGUAUGUGAAGGUUUGGCUGCAGUACCAGUCUCUAUGGGACAUGGAACCCAAUCACGUCUAUGGUAUUCUUGGCGAGGACUUGGCUAUGUGGCAGCAACUGUUGGUUGACAUCCGCCGGGCACGCUCGACUUUCGACACGUCGGAAACCAACAAGCACUUUGGUCCCGUCGUCAUCGACUAUCGCCUGGUUCAAUCAAAGGUCAACCUGAAGUAUGACUCAUGGCACAAGGACAUCCUCAGCAAGUUUGGACAGAAGCUGGGUGGUGACAUCCAGGAACUUCAUGGUCAGAUCUCGAAGGCUCGCACGGACUUGGAGCAGCACUCAGUGGAAGGCGCCUCAACUGGUGACUCGGUCACUUUCAUUACUUUUGUGCAGUCACUGAAGCGCAAGACAAAGACCUGGGAGAAGAACGUCGAGCUUUACCGCGGUGGUCAGAAGAUCUUGGAACGGCAACGUUUCCAGUUCCCCAGCUCCUGGCUGUACUGCGAUCACCUGGACGGAGAGUGGAGCUCUUUCAAUGACAUCUUGGCGAGGAAGGAUGGCCAGAUCCAGAGACAGCUUGCUCAACUGCAAAUGAAGAUCGUGUCUGAGGACAAGCAAGUUGAGGAGCGUACCACCAACCUUUUGGCUGACUGGGAGCGUGGCAAGCCCAUCCAGGGCAACAUCCGUCCCGACCAGGCACAGAGCACUCUUUCCAUCUUUGAAGGCCGCUUCAACCGUCUGAAGGAGGAGAGAGACAACUUGGCUAAGGCUAAAGAAGCUUUGGAACUUUCCGAGCCAGGUCUGCUUGCCGGUAGCGAGGAGCGUGUGCACAUUGCUAUCGAGGAGCUGCAAGACCUGAAGGGUGUCUGGGCCGAGCUUGCCAAGAUCUGGGAGCAGCUGGAGACUCUGAAGGAGCAGCAGUGGCUGUCUAUUCAGCCGCGCAAGAUUCGCCGUGCUUUGGAAGAGCUUGUGAGCCAGCUCAAGGCCCUGCCAGCACGCCUGCGCCAGUACGCAUCGUACGAGCAUGUGCAGGGUGUUUUGAAGUCACACCUGAAGGUCAACAUGAUGAUUGUCGACCUGAAGUCUGAGGCACUGAAGGAGCGCCACUGGAAGCAGCUAAUGCGUCGUCUGCGCGUCAGCUGGGUGCUGUCCGAUCUGACACUGGGACAGCUCUGGGACGUCAAUCUAGCCAGGAAUGAGACGGUCGUCAAGGAGAUCGUCCUGAUCGCUCAAGGAGAAAUGGCUCUGGAAGAGUUCUUGAAGCAGGUACGAGAAGCCUGGCAGCUCUACGAGCUUGAUCUCAUCAACUACCAGAACAAGUGCAAGGUCAUCCGCGGCCUAGAGGAUCUCUUCAACAAAGUCCGUGAGCACAUCAACAGUGUGUCGGCUAUGAAGUUGUCACCCUACUUCAAGGUGUUUGAAGAGGAUGCCCUGGCCUGGGAAGACAAGCUAAACCGCAUCAACAACUUGUUUGAGGUGUGGCAAGAUGUGCAACGUCGUUGGGUGUACCUAGAUGGUAUUUUCUCCGGAUCUGCUGAUAUCAAGCAUUUGCUGCCAGUUGAAACAUCAAGAUUUGGCAGUCUAAGCACGGAGUUCUUGGCCUUGAUGAAGAAAGUGGCAAAGUCGCCGCUGGUCCUGGACGUGCUCAACAUCCCUGGUAGCCAACGCUCACUGGAGCGCCUACAGGAGCUACUACACAAGAUCCAGAAGGCUCUUGGAGAGUACUUGGAGCGAGAGCGUGCCUCUUUCCCUCGCUUCUACUUUGUCGGUGAUGAAGACUUGCUGGAGAUCAUCGGUAACAGUCGCAACUUUGCCAGACUUCAGAAACAUUUCCGCAAGAUGUUUGCUGGAGUCAAUGCCAUCAUUCUCAAUGCUGAGGAGACCAUUGUGACGGGACUGAUGUCACGCGAGGGUGAAGAGGUUGUCUUUGAGACGCCCGUGUCUAUUGAGCAACACCCCAAGAUCAACGAAUGGCUGACGCUUGUUGAGCGUGAGAUGCGCGUGACGCUCGCCACCCACCUUGCCCAUGCCGUGGAAGGCAUUGCCAAGUUUACAUCGGAGCAGCUGGAUGCGGCAGAGUUCAUGAAGUGGGCCGAUUGCUAUGAGGCUCAGCUUGUGGUGCUGGCAGCCCAGAUUGCCUGGGCCAGUGGUGUGGAGGCAUCGCUGAAAGGCAGCAGCCCCGGUGAAGGCCUGAAGGCCAACCUGGCCAUCACCACUGGCACACUGUCGGUGCUGGCUGACUCUGUGCUGCACGAGCAGCCACCGCUGCGCAGAAAGAAACUGGAGCACUUGAUCACUGAGCUUGUGCAUCAGCGUGAUGUCACCCGUCUUCUCAUCAACAAUGGCGUGGACUCACCGCGCAACUUUGAGUGGUUGCAGCAGAUGCGCUUCUACUUUGACCCUGCUAAGACCAACGUUCUGGAGCAGCUCAGCAUCCACAUGGCCAACGCCAAGUUCAACUAUGGCUUUGAAUACCUUGGAGUGACUGACAAGCUGGUGCAGACACCUCUAACUGACCGCUGCUAUUUGACUAUGACCCAGGCGCUGGAAGAGCGUCUUGGUGGUUCACCAUUCGGACCUGCCGGUACCGGAAAGACCGAGUCCGUCAAGGCUCUCGGUAACCAGCUGGGUCGCUUUGUCUUGGUUUUCAACUGUGACGAGACGUUUGACUUCCAGGCUAUGGGACGUAUCUUUGUUGGUCUCUGCCAAGUUGGUGCCUGGGGAUGCUUUGACGAGUUCAAUCGUCUUGAGGAGCGCAUGCUCUCAGCUGUGUCCCAGCAAAUCCAGACCAUCCAAGAGGCAUUGAAGGAGAAAGCUCGCAAUGCCAACUAUGCUUGUGCUGCCGACUCUCCGAUCUGCAUUGAGCUGGUUGGUAAGCAAGUGAAGGUCAGCACGGACAUGGCCAUCUUCAUCACAAUGAACCCUGGCUAUGCCGGCCGCAGCAACUUGCCCGACAAUCUGAAGAAACUGUUCCGUAGCUUGGCCAUGACCAAGCCAGACCGGCAGCUCAUUGCCCAGGUCAUGUUGUUCUCUCAGGGAUUCCGUACUGCUGAGAAACUCGCCUCCAAGAUCGUGCCAUUCUUCAGACUUUGUGACGAGCAGUUGUCCAGCCAGUCACAUUAUGACUUUGGUUUGCGUGCUCUGAAGUCCGUACUGGUCAGUGCCGGUAACGUGAAGCGCGACCGUAUUCAGCACGUGCGAGAGGAAACACAGGCACGUGGUGAAAAGGUCGACGAGGCCACCAUUGCUCGCAGCCUGAACGAGCAAGAGAUCCUGAUUCAAAGUGUGUGUGAGACCAUGGUGCCCAAGCUAGUGGCUGAGGACAUUCCACUGCUCUACAGUCUGCUGUCUGACGUGUUCCCCGGCAUCAAGUACACCAACGCUGAGAUGGCAGGCUUGCGUCGCGAGCUGAAGAACGUCUGCAAGGACUAUCACCUGAUGUAUGGUGAUUCUGAUGAGAUGGGCAGUGCCUGGGUUGACAAGGUACUGCAGUUGUACCAGAUCUCUCAGCUCAGCCACGGUCUGAUGAUGGUCGGGCCCAGUGGCAGUGGAAAAUCCGCCGCCUGGACGGUGCUGCUGAGGGCGCUGGAGAGGCUUGAAGGUGUUGAAGGUGUCUCGUACGUCAUCGAUCCAAAGGCCAUCAGCAAGGAAGACCUCUACGGUAGCCUUGAUCCCAACACUCGCGAGUGGACGGACGGUCUCUUCACGCACAUCCUGAGAAAGAUUACGGACAAUGUGCGUGGUGAAAUGAGCAAGAGGCAGUGGAUUAUCUUUGACGGCGAUGUUGAUCCGGAGUGGGUUGAGAAUCUGAACAGUGUGCUUGACGACAACAAGCUGCUUACAUUGCCCAAUGGCGAGCGUAUCAGCAUUCCACCCAAUGUGAGAAUCAUGUUUGAAGUACAGGACCUGAAGUUUGCCACACUGGCCACCGUAUCCCGCUGCGGUAUGGUAUGGUUCAGUGAGGACAUCCUCAGCACGGAAAUGAUCUGCUGGCAGUUCCUGGAGCAAGUGCGCUUCCACGCGCUGGACGAUGACGAGGACUCGCGUGGUUCAGCAGCGGCUGCCCGUGCUACUGCUGCACUUGGCGAUGACGUCAGCGAAACUCUGAAGGUGCAGCGCGACUGUGCUACCGUACUGGCACCGCACUUUGCUUCGGACAGCAUCGUCAUGCGAGCACUCAAGUACGCCGAGGCUCAGGAGCACAUCAUGGACUACACACGUCUGCGCGCGCUGAGCUCUCUCUUCUCCAUGGUGCACCAGGCUAUCCGCGACGUCCUGUCUUACAAUCAGACUCAUCCGGACUUCCCGUUGACACUCGACCAGAUUGAGAGCUACCUGCCUAAGCGACUCCUCUACUGUCUGAUCUGGUCCUUGUGCGGAGACUCCAAGCUGAAGACUCGCAAUGAACUGGGUGAAUUCCUGCGCGGCGCUACCACCAUCCAACUGCCUUCCGUGUCCGGAAAUCUGGGCAUGGUCGACUAUGAGGUCACAGUCCAGGGAGAAUGGAUGCCGUGGGUUAACCGUGUGCCUCAGAUCGAGGUGGAGACGCACAAGGUUGGCGCACCGGACGUGGUUGUGCCCACUGUGGACACCAUCCGUCACGAGAACCUGCUCAACACCUGGCUCUCCGGUCACAAGCCUCUGGUGCUGUGCGGACCGCCGGGCUCCGGCAAGACCAUGACACUGCUCAGCGCUCUGCGUGCUCUGCCCGACAUGGAGGUGGUCAGCUUGAACUUCAGCAGCGCUACAACACCCGAGCUGCUGCUGAAAACGUUUGACCAUUACUGCGAGUACCGGCGAACACCCAAUGGUGUUGUGCUAUCGCCCAUCCAGCUCGGCAAGUGGCUCAUCCUCUUCUGCGACGAAAUCAACUUGCCUGACAUGGACAAGUAUGGCACCCAGCGUGUUAUCUCGUUCAUCCGACAAAUGGUUGAGCACAACGGCUUCUGGCGCUCCUCCGAUCAGACGUUUGUCCGCUUGGACCGCAUUCAGUUUGUUGGUGCCUGCAACCCUCCCACUGACCCCGGUCGUAAACCGCUCAGUCAGAGGUUCUUACGUCACGUACCCGUGGUGUACGUCGACUACCCUGGCCGCCUGUCACUGACUCAGAUCUACGGCACAUUCAACCGUGCUAUGCUGCGUCUUGUGCCGACCCUGCGCCAGUUUGCCCAGCCUCUCACCGAUGCCAUGGUGGAGUUCUACAUACGAUCACAGGAGCGCUUCACCGUGGACAUGCAGCCUCACUAUGUCUACAGCCCUCGUGAGAUGACCCGAUGGGUCCGCGGUAUUGCAGAGGCGCUGCGCCCACUGGACACUCUUGGGCUCGAUGGUCUUGUCAGGAUAUGGGCCCACGAGGCUCUUCGACUCUUCCAAGACAGGUUGGUGUACGAUGAAGAGCGCAAGUGGACUGAUGAACACAUCAACGCCGUGGCCCUGCAGUACUUCCCAGGUAUUGACCGCGAUGCAUCGCUCAAGAGGCCUAUCCUCUUCAGCAACUGGCUCAGUAAGGACUACAAGCCGGUCGAGCGUGAGGAGCUGCGUGACUUCACCAAGGCUCGCCUCAAGGUAUUCUACGAGGAAGAGCUUGAUGUACCUCUGGUCUUGUUCAACGAAGUCUUGGACCAUGUGCUGCGUAUUGACCGAAUCUUCAGACAGCCACAGGGCCAUCUGUUGCUCAUCGGCGUGAGUGGUGCAGGAAAGACCACCCUGUCUCGCUUUGUCGCCUGGAUGAACGGUCUGCAGGUCUUCCAAGUUAAGGUUCACAACAAGUACACUGCUGAAGAUUUCGAUGAGGAUCUGCGUAACGUACUGCGCAGAGCUGGAUGCAGAGGCGAGAAAAUCUGUUUCAUUAUGGAUGAAAGCAAUGUGUUGGACUCGAGUUUCUUGGAGCGAAUGAACACUCUGCUCGCCAACGGAGAGGUACCAGGUCUAUUUGAAGGUGAUGAGUACACCACGCUGAUGACUCAGUGUAAGGAAGGCUCUCAGCGUGAUGGUCUGAUGCUUGACAGUGCGGAGGAGCUCUACAAGUGGUUCACCAACCAGAUCAUGCUCAACUUGCAUGUUGUCUUCACCAUGAACCCGUCUGCUGAAGGUCUCAAGGACCGUGCCGCCACAUCACCUGCUCUCUUCAACAGAUGUGUGCUGAAUUGGUUUGGAGACUGGUCUACCCAUGCUCUCUUCCAAGUCGGUCGUGAGUUCACACAGAAGGUCGACCUUGAGUCAUCCGAGUGGAGGUGUCCAGACUUCUUCCCUGCCGUUGUGGAUGAGCUGCCUAUGCCACCAACUCAUCGCGAUGCAGUCAGCAAUGCUUUCGUCUACAUCCACCAGACCCUGCACCAAGCCAACACUCGCCUCAGCAAGCGUGGUGCCCACACCAUGGCUGUCACACCAAGACAUUACUUGGACUUUAUCCAACACUAUGUCAAGCUGUUUGGAGAGAAGCGUAGUGAUCUGGAAGACCAGCAGCUGCAUCUCAAUGUUGGUCUGAAUAAGAUCCGCGAGACAGAGCAACAGGUGUCAGAACUCAAAUCCAGCCUGGCUGUCAAGAAACAGGAGCUGGAAGAGAAGAAUCUUCUGGCCAACCAGAAACUCAAGCAGAUGGUCAAAGAUCAGCAGGAGGCUGAGAAGAAGAAGACUGCAUCACAAGAAAUCCAGGAGCAGCUGAGGGUUGCUGAAGAGCACAUCACCGUUAAGCACAAGGAAGUGUCCGAGGAUCUUGCCAAGGUCGAGCCCGCUGUGCUGGAUGCGCAAAAUGCUGUGCGCGACAUCAAGAGAAACCACCUGGUAGAAAUGCGUACCAUGACCAACCCACCGCGCCUUGUCAAGUUGACAUUGGAAGCUGUGUGUGGAAUGCUGGGAGAGCCUACGUCUGACUGGAAGGCUAUCCGUGGUAUUAUUAUGCGCGACAAUUUCAUCAACAGCAUCAUCAACUUCUCCACUGAGGACAUCUCUGACGGAAUGCGCAAGUCGAUGAAAGACAAGUACUUCAGUCUAGAGGACUUCAAAUUUGAGCAAAUCAACCGUUCUAGCCGAGCUUGUGGUCCACUGGCCAAGUGGGCGAUUGCACAGGUGGGAUAUGCUGACAUGUUGAAGAAGGUGGACCCACUGAGGCAGGAACUCAGCGCCCUGGAACGCCGAGCGGCUGAAACCAAACUGAAGGCUGAUGAAAUGGCCAAGAUGGUCUCAGACUUGGAGAAGAGCAUUGGUCAGUACAAGGAGGAGUAUGCUGUCCUGAUCAGCGAGGCACAGGUCAUCAAGGCCAGCCUCACUGCCGUCGAAAGCAAGGUGACACGCAGCAAUGCUCUGCUGUACAGCCUCGGCUCUGAGCGUAAUCGCUGGGAGGAGGGCAGCACUCAAUUCAAGACGCAGAUGUCCACCAUUAUCGGUGAUGUCUUGCUCUCCGCUGCCUUCAUGGCAUAUGCAGGAUACUUUGACCAGUCUCUGCGUGGCAACUUGUUCUCAUCCUGGGUGUCUCACUUGCAAUCUGCCGGCGUUCAAUUCCGCUUAGAUAUUGCUCGCACAGAGUAUCUAUCGUCACCAGAUGACCGCAUGGCAUGGCAAGAGAAUGCACUGCCCACUGAUGACUUGAGUGUGGAGAAUGCCAUCAUCCUGCAACGGUUUAACCGCUACCCGCUCAUCAUCGACCCCAGCGGCCAGGCCACCGAGUUUGUUCUCAACCAGUACAAGGACCGCAAGAUUACCCGCACCAGCUUCUUGGACGACUCUUUCCGCAAGAACUUGGAGAGUGCUCUGCGAUUUGGCAACCCAUUGCUUGUCCAGGAUGUUGAGAACUACGAUCCCAUCUUGAAUCCAGUACUCAACCGGGAAGUGCGCCGCACCGGUGGUCGUGUGCUGAUCACGCUGGGUGACCAGGACAUUGACUUGUCACCAUCGUUCACCAUCAUCCUCUCCACACGUGACCCGUCGGUUGAAUUCCCGCCAGACCUGUGCUCUCGUGUAACAUUUGUCAACUUCACUGUUACACCGGCCAGCUUGCAGACCCAGUGCCUCAACCAGGUGCUGAAGUCCGAACGUCCCGAUGUUGAUCAGAAGCGCUCUGACCUGCUGAAGUUGCAAGGUGAAUUCCGCCUGCGUCUCCGUCAGCUGGAGAAGAGCUUGCUUCAGGCUCUGAAUGAGGUUGAAGGAAAGAUUCUUGACAAUGACAACAUCUUGUCUCAACUGGAACGUUUGAAGAAGGAGGCAGCCGAGGUGCAGAAGAAGGUGGACGAGACUGACAUUGUCAUGGCUGAGAUUGAGGCCGUGUCACACCAGUACUUGCCACUAGCCACAUCGUGCAGCUCCAUCUUCUUCAUGAUCGACUCUCUGCAACAGAUUCACUUCCUGUAUCAGUUCUCUCUGGCGUUCUUCCUGGACAUUUUCCACGUCGUCUUGUCCAACAACCCCAACCUGAAGGGCAAGACUGACCCGCUUGCUCGUCUGGACAUCAUCAUCAAGGACCUUUUCCAGGUUGUAUUUGACCGUGUUGCUCGCAGUUUGCUGCAGUCUGACCGUGUCACCCUCGCCCUGUUGCUUGUCCGCAUCUUCCUCAAGGGCUGUAUCGGGCAAUCAGACCACAGCGAAGAGUUCGACUACCUCCUGCGUGGCGGCGAGGCAGUCUUGGCUGCUGUUGCUGCCGGCACGCACACAGCUCUACCCGGUCUCACUGUGGAACAGACGCUGCGUGCUGAGAGACUAUCCAAGCUGCAGCCAUUCAUCAAGCUGCUACAGUACAUUGAUGGCAACGAGGAGUUCACUGCAUGGCUGGAGACCGUCCAACCAGAAAGGAAUGUACCCGACUGCUGGGAGGAGAACCUGGUCAAGGGUGAUGUUGCCACAGCCCUGCACCGCGUGAUGGUGGUCCAGGCAUUCCGCCCCGAUCGCUUGGUGGCAUCGUCCGUGUGCCUGGUGGAGUCUGCACUGGGUGCGUCGUUCAUGCGCUCUCUAGAUCAAGAUGUCGACUUGGGCGCAGUUGUGACCAACGAGGUGAAGGCCAGCACACCCGUGCUGCUGUGCUGCGUGACGGGUUACGAUGCUAGUGGACGUGUGGAUGACCUGGCCACGCAGCAGACCAAGCAAUGCACGUCUAUUGCUAUUGGUUCUGCUGAAGGCUUCAGUUUGGCUGAUAAGGCAAUCCUGUCUGCAUCAAAGGCUGGCCGGUGGGUGCUGUUGAAGAACGUUCAUCUUGCGCCUCAGUGGCUGGUACAGCUUGAGAAGAAGCUGCAUGCACUGACACCUCACCCUGACUUCAGGCUGUUCAUGACCAUGGAAAUCAACCCCAAGGUGCCAUACAACUUGCUGCGUGCAUCGCGCAUGUUCACGUUUGAGCCGCCUCCAGGUGUGCGCUCCAACCUGCUGCGUACAUUCUCAUCCUUCCCAGCCACUCGCAUGGCAAAGGCCCCCAACGAGCGCGCUCGCCUAUACUUCCUCAUUGCCUGGUUCCAUGCCAUCAUUCAGGAGCGUCUGCGCUAUGCACCACUUGGCUGGUCCAAGGUGUACGAGUUCAACGAGAGUGAUCUGCGCAUGGCGUGUGACACUCUGGACACGUGGCUGGACAAUGUUGCUCAGGGUCGUUCUAACUUGCCACCGGACAAGAUCCCAUGGUCUGCCCUGCGUACUCUGGUGUCCCAGUGUAUCUAUGGUGGUCGCAUUGACAACGAAUUUGAUCAGCGCCUGAUGAAUGCGUUUGUCAACCGCAUCUUCAACGUUGCGAGCUUUGAAUCGGAGUUUGCCCUUGUUGCCGCUACCGAUGGUGUCAGCGGUUCUGGUAUUGCCAUGCCAGAUUGUAUUCGGCGCGAGCAGUUCUUGCACUGGGUCGAGGAGCUACCGCCCAACCAAGUGCCAGCCUGGCUUGGUCUUCCCAACAAUGCUGAGAAGGUCCUGCUCAACACACUAGGUGGUCAGAUGCUUGGCAAUCUACUGAAGAUGCAGGGUAUUGAUGAUGGUGACGAUCUGGCCUACUCUGUCAGUCCAAGUGUAUCGGAAGAGAAGGCUGGCUCUGGCGGUGCCGACUGGCAGCCAGCUUGGAUGAAGACCCUGAGACAGACAAGUGCUGAAUGGCUUGCCAUGGUGCCAGAGAAACUGACCGCUAUGAAGCGUACAGCUGAGCACAUCAAGAACCCGCUGUUCCGCUUCUUCGAGCGCGAGGUGAAUAUGGGUAUCAAGUUCCUUAGCGUGGUGCGCCGGGACCUGACCGACCUGGUUCAGGUUUGUGAGAACAAGAAGAAGCAGACCAACUACAUGCGAACACUGAUUAGUGAUCUGACCAAGGGUCUGAUUCCCAACAGCUGGCGCCGCUACACUGUACCCCGUGAGCUCACCGUCAUGCAGUGGAUGGUCGACUUCUCGCAGAGAAUUCAGCAGCUGGAGCGUACGGCCCAGGCCGGAAAUGCCGGCGGCCCUCAUGGAUUGAAGGCUCUGCAUAUCUGGCUGGGCGGUCUGUUUAUUCCCGAGGCUUUCAUCACGGCCUCUCGCCAACAUGUCGCUCAAGCCAACAGCUGGCCCCUGGAAGAGCUUGAACUGCAGGUGUUUGUAUCUAACGAGGAUGGCUCUGGCCUUGAGCUGGACCAAAACAGCUUUGGCGUGUCAGGUAUGCAACUGCUCGGAGCAGCCUGUCAACAGCGCAACCACUUGGCUUUGACAAGCAGCAUCAGGUCCUCGCUUCCAUUGACCAAUCUGAGAUGGGACAGGAUUGUUGACAAGAGCAGCAAGGAUACCAGCAAACUGGUCACGCUGCCUGUCUAUCUGAACUCGACCCGUUCUGAGCUACUGUUCACGCUGCAGUUCACCGCCAGCGGUACUAGCAGGGAGCAUGACUUCUACGAGCACGGCGUUGCGUUGAUCUGCUCGCUGCUGGGUUAACCUUGAUCUGCUGUCCCGAACCAGUGUGCCUCACACUGCCAUGCAGCAUACACGCUUGGUGUUGUUGCUUUUUUUCGUCACCACGCUCUCGUGACUCCCUGUACUCCAUGCGUAUUUUGUACGUUGUUGUAUUGUGCGACUUUGUAUCCAGUACUAUUAUUUGCAUUGCAUUUAGUCCAUGCCUUGCUAGGUGCAAUUUGAUUGUUGUUAUUGUGUUCACAUACUCCAAUUCCCAUUGUCAUCACAUGCUACUUUGAUUUUCAACUUAUUUUUAACCUUCCCCGUGAAACCUUUUCAUGUGUAUCACGCUGAAAGUUUCGAAGACAAUCAUGUGCGUUGUUGCACUUCGCGCCAGUUUUUCUGACUUUUUUUUUCCUGUAGUGCCGUUGCAUUAUUGCACCCUAGACAGACGAAACAUGUGCACAUGGAAUUUCUUUUAGUUUCUAGUGAUUUUCUUAUCCGUUUCUGCACCUACUAGCGAUGCAUCUGAUUCGACAAGUACGACGAGUAGAAGCAUGCACCAGCGCAUUGUAUGCUAUGUUGUGCAUGAUGACUGCACUGUAUGAUUGCAUGCCCAUUCCUACAUGACCGACCAAAGUUUCACGGAGUUUAGUACCUGCUAUGUAGAUGCUUGCUCUUCUUUCUUGCAAAGCUCGCCCUGCAGCUGUAAUAACCAUGCUGUAAGUUAUAGCAAGGCAAUCUUGUUUCAGUUUUUCACCAA